AAACACUCAAACCCCGACAACGACAUCCUCCUAACCGAAAUGCGCCGUUCGUCAGCCAAAACCCGGAAAAUUUCUUGUCUUUUCACGAGACAGGAAGUCAGAGGGAGUAACAUGGUCGCCGAACGAAAAACGUCCAAUUCCUCUGUUCGCGAGCCUACCACCGCUCAGUGCGCGCCAAACCGCCGAGGAAAAAUCCUCAACGCUUGAAACACUAGAAAAAGCUUCAUUCAGAUAGCUUCCCACUAUCUCGAUUCUCGAAGACUCGAGCCAAUCCAUCCCCUCCAAUCACUCCUCAAUCGUAGCUACCCUAUAAAUACCGAAGCUUGAUAAAACUCAACGAGAUAAAACAGAGAAGAGAGACAGAGUAUUUUACAGGAGUAUUGGAGACUUAGCAGUUAGCGGCAGCAAUGGAGGAUGACUCGUGCAGGAGGGCGGGGGCGGUGCCGUUCAAGUGGGAGGUGUGCCCGGGGACGCCCAAGCACACGCGGAGCGCGAGUAGCGCGGCGGUCGUGGCGGCGCCCAACAACAGGCUGACGCCGCCGCCGUCCAUGGCGUCCUCGCCUGCGCCCUACUACCACCACCACCGCCACCAUCUCCACUCCUCGGCUUCCUCGCCUCGUAUUAUCCCUUCCUCACCAGCACGGUCGGCCUCGCUGUCGCCGUCCCGCCGCCGCCCGUACGCCGCGCCCCGCCGCGCGCCGCCCGCCGCCUUCCUCGACGCCGCGCCCCGGGCGACGGCCCCGGUGGCGGAGUGUCAGACGACGGCGGCGGCGUUCGGGUGCUUCCCGCUGAUCCCGAUGCUGCGGAGGAAGGGGAGCAAGAAAGGCGGAUUUGGGUCGAGCAGCUCUGGAUCUUCCGGAUCCGGGUCGAGUUCGUCCGGGAGCAGCUUCAGAUCGGACGGAGGCGGGGGGAUGGGGAUGCGGCGGUCGGUGUCGAUCUCGUCGGGCUCGUUGCCGCUGCCGCCUGGGAGGAGGUUUGCGGCCGCCGAGGCCAGGGCGGAGGUGGACGCCGCCACUGGCCGUGGAUGGUUCUAUUGAGUUUUUGGUCGAUGCCACCAUUGCUGUGGAGAGAAUAGGAGAGAGGUGUUUGUAGCUUUGUGUGAUCAGAGCAGGCCAUGAGGUUUUGAGAUCCCAGCUGUUGAAAUUGGCUGGAGACUGUUUGCGUGUUUGCUUGCUGCACAAAGCAAAUUGGACAUGCACAGUUGCUCACUUGAUGGUGCGGGUAAUAAUAAUCAGUUAACAAAAUAAAAUGGUUUAGAGGUGUUUUCCUUUUAGGAUCACGAUCGAGAUUUGUAAUUUGUCCUUACUAGAUGAAGGGAGUACAGUGAUUUUUCUUUAAAAAAAUGGAAGCUUAUAUUACAAUCAAAGAAUAUCACAUGCCCGGUUACUCUCA